AUGUCGGCAUUCACGGACGUAUCUAUUGCUCCCUAUUCCCAGAGACCUAAUUUAGAAUUAAGUAUUCGCCAGCAACCCGCUCGGGCACUUGUCGCUACUGGGAAGCGGAAGGAGGGCAAGACAGUCGAUCCCCCGCCGAUUGUGGAAGUCCGGUUAAGAGAGACAGGGACCGAUCUCUCGGAGCACUAUCUAUUAAGUCCCUACUAUUUUAUGUGCUGCAGCCUCUAUAAGGUCUCAGAAGACAGCCAAGUCGCCCCUGUACCACCGUCCACGACUUUGGCCGGCACUCUAGUUUCCUCACUUUACCGGAUAAGGGACGUGGACAAUAGCAAUAGAGGGUAUUUUGUCUUUGGAGAUUUAUCGGUGCAGAUUAAGGGCAACUUUCGGUUAAAGUUCACACUCUUUGAGAUCCAGGGGGAUACUGCGCAUUAUUUACAGUCUAUUUUUUCGGCUCCCUUUGAUGUGUCGCCCCCAAGGAAGUUCCCUGGAAUGGUAGGAUCGACGCUUUUGACCAGAUCUUUUGUAGAUCAGGGCGUGAAGUUGAGACUCCGAAAAAGGCCCAGAGUUAAUCCUCAGACGUCGCCGUCUUCUUCUCGCUACCCAGAUGGCACCGGGGUCCAAACGCCUUUCCCGGCGUUUAGUGGCAGUCUCCACUGGAUAUGGGAAUAUGGGGACUCUGGAGGACCAAAUAAACGUCAACGCACGACGGUUGAUUGUGGCAGUGGCAAGUAUGAUGCUGGUGGACAAAUGUGUCAGAUGGAAGCGCACCCGCAGGACGACCAUGUACAGUACUAUUCUUACGGAACGACCAAUAGUAUGGACGUCUAA